AUGGACGCGCUCAAUGAGCCACCCUGGCAGGGCUUCCCAGCUAGUCAGGAGUCCGAGUCCCCAGACACUCACAAUCGCAGCCACGCGUCCGAGUCUGCCGGAGAGCCCGCGCAGGAGACUCCCAAAAAGCAUUAUCCCCCUCGGGUCUGCCGGAUCUGUCUCGAGACGGUCCUCCCUACCCUCCUGCCUACGUCCGAACACAUCCCGGACUUCCUCCAGUCCGGCCCGCGAGUCGUCUACGAGUCGUCGGACCCGGAAUCCGGCCGGUUGGUGCGCCCGUGCAAGUGCAAGGGAUCCUCGCGUUAUGUCCACGAAGGAUGCCUGCAGGCCUGGCGCCAUGCGGACCCGGAUUACAGCAAGAGGAAUUUCUGGCAGUGUCCGACGUGCGGGUUCCAAUACCGGCUGGAGCGGCUCACCUGGGCGCGCUGGAUCAGUAGUACCUUUACGCAGCUGGGCUUGACGGUGGCCAUCUUGAUGUUGACUGUGUUUUUGCUUGGUUUUGUUGCUGACCCGAUCAUCAAUCUUUACGUGGAUCCGAUGGAGACCCUGUAUUACUCGGAUUUCUGGGAGCCCAGUGUGCCCGACUCGCUGGCCCCGGAGACGGGAUCCUCCUGGUUGGAACACUUUUUCAAAGGCCUGGCGUCGUUGGGGGUGCUGUCGGUCGUCAAGGCCAUCUUCGCCCUGUCUCCAUGGCAAUGGUGGUACACGCGGUCGUCGGUCCUGCUCAACGGCGGUCGGAACACCGGUCGGAAUCGUACCGCGUCCAUCAGUUGGGUGGUCAUCUUUUUCGGGGUGAUGACCUUUCUCUGGGCGGUGUACAAAGGUGUCCGCAGCUGGUGCCGACGUACGCUGGAGAAAGCGGGCGAACGCGUCAUGGACGUACCGUUGGCGGAUGAUGAGGAGGAAGAAGAACCCGCCGAACGUAGGAAAGACCAGUAG